AUGGGCAGUUCCCCGGUGAGCACGGUGUCCCGCAUAUUCGUGGAAGUGCUGGAGAAGAACCCACGCCUGCCCGAGGUGCCCAAUCACAGGGUUCUGCUCCGUUUUGAGGCGGCCUACGCCGUGCGCUCGGAUAUGCGCACCCACAUGCUUCAGACCCUGAGUCGAAAGUGGCUAUUCCUCCUCACACUGGACGGAUACCUGCGACCAGAAUGCAAGGGAAAGCCGGCCUGUGCCGAUGACUUGGAUAUCCUCCUCAUAAACAUCGCCACAAGCGGUAAGUCUAGCCCGCUUGACCGAUUCCAACUCUGAAAGCGAUACCGUAGAUGUAAAGGGUCUAGUGCAGGGGUAACAUGAAAGUCCUUUUCUUUAUUGUCGUUGGGACAAGAAUUUUCACGGGAAGCAGACGUCAUUGGUCGACCGAUAAUACUAGAAGGAAGUGACCAAACGAUGUGGCGCAUUUUACAGUUGGUCGCCUAACUCAUGAGAUAAUAACCGAAAUUCCGAAAUGCGUUUUAUUAAGUAGGGUUGUCAAACAAAUUACUGCGCAGCAUAAUUCUAUGACACCUCAGCUACCUCGCGAUGCCGGCUUUCGAACGAACGUCUUUUCGGCUGAAUGCAGGAACCACACUCUGUGAUAAAUGACUACUUAUGUAGCAUGCAUUGUUUUCGUUGAUGUUCGGCGCCCUUAAAAAGUCAGUUAUAUUUCAUGGGAUACAUUCAUAAAAUUAUUCAUUCAUUGCAUCCCCCUUCAAUUAUAUACUCAAAGGAAGGGUAUACUUUGGUUUUAAGAAAGUUUCUAAUUGUGAGGUCUUUUAAAACCGUGAAAUGGCCGCCCAUAAAUCGUCAUGACUCUGCAUGUACUAAAUUUGCUUUCAAGGUUAACAAUAUUGCUCUUAUCCAGUGCUAAAUCCUAUGAACUCCAUAUAAUCUCCUCUGAAUGCCGUAUAGAGAUUUAGGGUUUUCCGUACGCGGAAAACAUACGGAGCGUAGUUUGCAAACCCUAAAUGCAUGUAAAAUAGCAUUUCGAGCUCAAAAUUAUUCGCGAAUUGAAAGAGUUUUUAGAAACCGAAUUAAACCCUUCCUUCGAGUAAAAAUUGGAAUAAGAUGUAAUUUUCCACCGAAUAAGAAAGAAAACGAAAAUUUUUGUGCAUGUUUUCCCUAAAAUAUAAUUGGACUUUUAGGGGCAUCGAAAAUGAACAAGAAAAAUGCAUCCUAAUUAAGCAGCCAUUUUUUAAAAAGUGUAGUCCCUGCGUGCAGCCGAAAAUAAGUUUGUUUGAAAACUGGCAUCCUGAGGUAACUGAAUUAUAAUGGAAUUAUUCCGCACAAUGAUUGGUUUUUCAUCCCUACUUAAUUAAUCAUUUGGAAACGAAAGCACAUUUCGGAAUUUCGGUUGACAUUUCAUGAGUUAGCCCACCUACCGUACAUGUGCCCAUGUUCUGAAAGUAGGUUGGGGGAGGGGGGGGGGACCGCGGCGGCGCUAAAGUAGUAGCGCUGGUUCUGAGAAAGUUUACCGGCGUAGUCAGUAGAUCGCAUCCGUUAAGAGUAGAAGAAGAAUAUGUAGAAAAUGUGUGGUCGGUGUGCGCAUAUUCAUGCGUAAAUGCUGAGACAUAUCUUUGGAUUAGAACGAAAAGUUCAAAUAUCAAACAUAAAUUAGGAUUCUUCGCAUUUUAUGCUAAAAGCGACCAGAAUUUUAAGUAAACGGUUGAAUCAGUUGGUCUUGGGCCGAUCGAUCUUUUUUUUCUUUUGCUGCCCUGGCCUUCUGGCCGUUUUUUUGAAUGUUGACGACAUUGUGCGUUGCGUAUCGUCACCUCAAUGGGACUCGGUUGCACCCGGGCUGCACCUUCGGGUGAGUUAGUUGACGAAUCGUAUUUUACUGGUAUUUUUAAGCUGCAUGUGAUUGUCUGAUCCUGGUCACGGCGCAGGUAGUGUCGUAGAGCUUUGUAGAUCGCAGGAAGGUCUAGAUGCCUGUUGACGGAUGGUACUCUGAUGCGAACUAAAUCAACGAAUUUCUGAGGAAAUGAGUAAACUAGGAACAGCAGAGGUGAGUGCUGAUCAGCUUACGCAAGUACCAGAGGAGCACUGCCGAGUAAGUGAACCAAGCAAAAACAUGCCACUUAAAAUUACCCAGAGACUGUUUGCUUGCUUAAACAGCAAUAAACAUACCCACAGCGAUUGAGAUCUCUCGAAGUAAAACGGUUAUGUUAUUGAAGUAAACGCCGUUUUAAGUCUUGCCGAAGGACCAUGAAAUCACCAAAACUUGUGGACUACGCAGGUGUUGAUGUUUUGGAAUCUGUUCUGAAUGAAAAUGCGUGUGUGUUUACGGUUUACUGUCCCAGCUAGUGAAAUCUGCUGCCGAACUCGGGAGUGCGAGUUGUGUGUGAAUAACUGCCUCUUCGCUUGUCACAUCAAUCUGUCUACGGCCAGUGAAACUAUUCACUCUCACGAAUAGUGUGUGUGUCACGCACCUCACCCAAACAAGGCUGUAUCUCACCCACAAUCGUCAGUGAAAACGUAAAGUAAAGGCAUGACACAUGGAUGAGAUCUGUGCAUCAUGAAAUGACAGCUAUGCAGUUUCUGUAGAUGAGUUCCCAACCCUGCUAAUUUAGGCUGCAAAAUGCAAAUGCAGAAACCCUAGAGACCCUGCCACCCCUUUCUGACUUCUUUCAGUUCUUGAAAGUAUGUUGUUAGUAGGAGUUGAGUAAAUUGACUGAGCAUUAGUACAUUGAAAAUCAAAAUGUUUCACAUCGUUUAUCGUUCAGUACGUUAAAAAUCUGGAAAAUACGUUUCGUCCGUAGUCCACAUCACUCCCAGAACCUCUUACUGCUCAAAUGGCUAAAAUUCUCGAUAUUAGGUUGUCUACAAAGGCAGUCUUCCCCACUUUCCAACAUAGAAAUGAAAUGCACAAACCUUAAGUUUUUCUCAGCCAACCUCAUUGUCACACAAAUCCAUCUAAGAUGGAGUUCGUCUAGUUGAAACUCAAUGCUGACGUUGGAAUUUUGGACGGUUAGUUAUUAGCUGAGGGAGCUUAGUCGACUACUCACCUGACAUCUACUAUGCAUGUUCGAUUGCUUAUAGAAUUCAACAACACUCUGUCUUACAUUGUUGCAACUGGAAGAUGUGUUAAAGCAUACUGGUAGAUCUCAAAUACAGAGGUCGACUGGUUCAACUGUUGCCAGGAAAUCUGUUUUUAAUGUUAUCUUUCAGUAGGAGUGGAAAGCGUAAUGAUACACUGACGAAACCCGAUCUACAGGGCGCCGUAUGUACAGCCAUGACUGCUUUUUAGUUGAAAAUGCACUUGCCGACGGGAACAAUGACGAUUCCGUAGAGAAUUAUCGGGAUCAGGGCUUGCGCAUUUAUAGUCCUUGGGUCCUUGGAUUGUAUCAGUGUACUGAUGAUGGGUACUUCUGAAUACACAAGCUACAUGCAGCGACGUUGAUUCAGAUCAUUCUACGGUAAGCAGAAGCAGAUUCAUCAAUGCGAUCCAACAUAUGGCCAGUUUAUCGGUGAUGUAUUCAGGCUGGCUACGAUCACAGAACUGUCAAUAAUCUGGAGACUUGCAUUGGCUCGAAUGCAGGUGCGCACAUCUAUCAAUUCGGGAGGAGAAGUGAAACACUCAAAGCUCCAGUCAGCGUCAGGAAAAGGUACUUAUAUGCCGGUGGCUAGUUUGAUGGCUUUGGUCAACGGCGACUGUGGAACCUGUGUAAAGUUCUUCUGAGCGCAUAGGACCGGGAGGACUGGAGUAGACAGCAAGAUUGAGACUUUGAAAAAACUCGCAGAAGGGACAACAUUAACUUCAGGGCACUUUGAUAGACAGUACUGGCGUAUUUUGAAUGAAGAUUAAGUCCACUUCGUAGCAAUGCUACACGACAGUAAAGAGACGUUUGUUGUCUAAUUGUCGUUAUUUAAUUUGGAUUUAAUUUGCUCAAUCUAGGCGACGCACUUAAAAUCUGAUUCUGAAUUUCGACCAGUAUCUAUUAGAGUAGGAAUCAGGCUACAGUAGACCUUUGAGGUUAGGAUUCAUGCUAUAGUAGCGUCUUUCAUCCCAUGGAUAGCGCGUUUUCAGUUUACUGAAGGUGAUUGCUUCUCUCAAGGAUUAUGCGUGAUUAACAGUUCUCGUCUCGGAAUCCCCUACCAGAAUCAGCAUUUUUUGGUUGCUGCCUCUCCAUCGUAUCGCAAACGACUUUGGAAAUUCUAGAAUGUUUUGGUCGACAAAAACUACUUAUAAGCUAAUAUAAAGAAAUGAUUGCUACACCCGUGUAGCUACCCGUGCAGCAUGGCGACCGCAUCCUAUAAAUACUGCGACUUCCUGUACACGAGCCACCCUUUUCUGCAACUGUCUCUGAUGAUGGAUUCAAGAGAGAAUCCGGAACGUCAGGCGAAUAAAGCCAUUGUUCCAGCGAUCGCUUCUUCUUCUGCUCAGAAUCAGUUAUCUUGAUGAAUGAUGUCAGAACCGUCCUAAGUAUUAUUUUGGAUAUAGCGCAGGCAAAUAAUUUUUUUCCGGAAAAAAACAUAAAGUAAUCGUCACUAGCCUUUAUUAGCACUUGAUGAGCGACUGGUUAAAAUAUGGAACAUAGUAGAUGGCAGACAAACGGUUAGAAAGCAAGCGAUGCGGCGUACGCGAACUUUGCCGCCUUAAGCUGAAAUCUUCUUCAUAAACCUGACGCGCUUGAAAACAAACAAAUUAACUUUCACGUAGGCUGUCGCGAUGACUACCUGAUUUUCUCAAGAAACCAGUUGGGUGUUAAAUUUGCCUGCAUCCUGUAAGCGUGUUCAUUCUUUGGAUUCUGGGAUCAGGUACUCGCCGUUGGCAAAAUGACCUUGAAUUAUUUGCAUUAGCCAAUGGGGAUGCGGGUAGUAAAUUGAUUUAACUCCUCCUCCAUGGUGUUACGCAUGAGCUAUUCUCUGCUUCCAACUAAAGAAAAUCCUAGAUCUCUGCUCAUCCAGUGAAUUCGCAUUUUUUGGCGCUGAAAUCAAAGUCAACCUGCCUGUUUGCAUUCGCAGUGAGAAGUCCUAGAAGUUUUGAUCGAGAAAACCUGUUGUUCUUGAUCGACAACAUCUUUAUAGGAUGUUACGUAGAUUAUUUGUUAAAAGCAGUCAGCAAGUUUUGAGAGAGGAAUGCUAUAGUCACUCAUAUCUUCAGCCAUACGUGUUACUGUAAAUAGGAUUAAAUGAGACAGUCAUUUUUACUGCCUUUCAUGAUGAGCCCGGGUGUAGAUCCGAAAAGCCAAGCGAGUAAUGUGAUUGUUUUAGCGCUUGAGUCUUUGAUUCUCAGAUAGGAUACUGUCGAUUGCAUGAGAUUUAACCGCAAAGUAUCAUAAACGGAAAGCUGAGAGUUUAUUCAUUACAUCGGAAUCUUCUAACUCCUGUAUUUCAGUCGGACAUCCAUGUUUACGAGCUACGCUGGCGAGGCUAGGGGCUGCCUCGCGUAGGUUGGAAGUUUUCUUGUUAAUGCGCGGACUUCCAACGGGCCAAAUCAUGUCUGUCUGCUACGCGCUUGAGAAUUACUGCCUUUUCAGACAAAGUACCCCAGACUGCAAUUUAAGGAUAAACAUUUUUAUCAUAAUCUAAGUUAGUCCUGUCAACAACGACUGUCAGAAUGGCACACACUUUGCAAAUAUCUUAAUAACUGCAUAUUAUCUGUCAAAAUAAACUCCGAUCACUUAAAACGUCAACCGAAUAAUACCUCUUAGUCCGACACCUACCACCCCCGGGGUGCGAUUAUUUUGCCCUAAUUUACUCACGGAAAGACUCACGCAUUUCCAGUAAAUAAAUCAGUGCACGUGUUUAAAUCAUUGCAGAGAUCCACACCAUGCUUGUGCUAAGCAUAAGCGUUUAGGGUAACGUUAGAAACCGCAUUCCUAUGGGUGCGAUUACUCUACGCAGUUUAUUUUACUCAGAUAUGAGGCAUUCGGCAGAACGUGUUCGUGUAUUGAGAAGAGUGAUUAUUUCUCAGCGUAAGUUUUGACGUCAGACUUUUAGACCCCUAUCUUAUUAUGCCUGUGCAUAAUCUAAAGAAAGCGUAAGCAGUAUGAUUUAUAGGUGUCGAAAAUCCCUGACAACCCAUCGAGUGGUUCCUGUUGUUAUAUAGCAUGGACGGCGUGGAAUCAUCAUGCAACGGGUGGAAGAUACUCAGGAAAGCUGCAGAUGUAGCAGGGGUAUGUCCAGUCUGCCUAAUCCUAUGCAACGUCUUUAUGUUUACUAAGAAGAAAAAGGGCCAAUAAAAAUAAAUAUAAACACAUUCUGUGGAUGAAACAUGGAUAACAUAUUCAGGGUUGUAAAUAAGUACGAAAACUCGAAGAACUUAAUUAUUGCCGGGAGUGGUCUGCAUCGCAAACUAUUAAUUUCGCAACCGAAAGAGUACAGAACAGCAAAGUGUUUUUUACAUGAACGUCUGUUUGCGGAGACAGUAAGGUGGUAAAGUCAAAUGAUCCCUUUUCGCAAGAAUGCUAGGAAUUUUUGUAUCUACAGUUCUCGAAUUCUGCGUCGAUGUAACGUAAAGGAAAUCGGUUAUGAGCUCCUGGGGAAGAAAUGGAAACAAUUGCUUUUCUGCGCUACCACAGUCAGGAUUCGUCAGCCAAAACGCAACCUCAGAUAGUAGGGGCGACAAUGUUUCAGUCGUUACCAAACGACAGUUUUGAUGCAUCAUCGAAACAUUUAUGACGCAGCUCAGCUCAGUUAAAGAGAAAAGGGAGGCUUUCCUAUUUCAGCCCAACUCAUACUGUGCUUGCGGAUUCAUUGACACUUAUGGGCGAAAGCUCAUUAAGCCAACAAAAAGGCAACUGACUGGGUCAGUUGAGAUCUUUUUUAAGUAGCUCUUAAUGUCAGAAAACGGAAUUUCGUCCUAAUAUAUCACUAAUCAUCUCCUGUUUAGUGGACGCUAUUGACCUUAGUCAGCCUUACGUCUACAUCGUUAACUCCGGACCACGUAAAAAAGCCUACCUACGGAGGGCGAAACCUGACUUUUUCAAAAACCAGAUCUCGUAAAUCUGAUUAUGCCCUGGUAAAACCUAGCUUCUUGAUCAGCACAUUCCGUUGUGUAAUAUACUGUUCUUCUCCUAUUCUGUUAUGCUGUAAAUGAUAUUUUGCAUCGAGUAGGUUAGGCUUUGUAGCUACAACGUCAUUAAUAUUAUGUGAAUUUUGUGACUGAAGUAAACCUGUUGUGCAUGCAGUACUUGCUAUUCAUUUCACGCAGCCAGAACAAGCAGUUGAUAAGCCGUCGUCAAAGUUUUGAUACAAGUUAAUCCUAUUCCUCUUGUUCAUUUUAGCCUUAUACUGGGUCAAACUGUUUCUCUUUCUUGAAUAAUAUUCACCAAUGAUUGUAGCGAAUACUUCAGAGGGAUUACCGACGAGGAAUGCAAGCAGGUUACGUCUCUUCCUAAUAAGACUUUUGGCUAGUAGCCAUGUUGAUAGUGCAAUGGUCGUUUCAAGCGGCUAUAUGGGCGAGUACUGGCUAUCACAGGACAAAGUAAAAGCGAUUUUCUUUCAAACCACGUUGUAGAAACUGUUAGCUUAUCCGAAAGUUUCAAAAACCUGGGUAAAUGUAGUCUCCUAGUUUAUCCUGUCUCGUGACAGCGUCGGUAAGUAUUGCUUUGAAAACCGCGCACAACCUAUGGUUCAAUGUUUAGACAAAACUGCAUCAUCUAAAAAUUCCAUUUUUUUGAUUAAUUUUUUUUACUUUAUCGGAAAGAAUUGUCUUCAUUUGGUCGCAGAAUAUUUGGAAGGGUAUCGAUUUGUUCGUAAACUUCCUUAGAAAAUUUCUCUUAUUAAGCUCCUCGAAAUAUCCUUUCGGCUAGCUGACCCUUAAACUGCUGUUCGGAUGCCAUUACUAGUUUGGUUAAUAAUUUUUUCCAACCAGAUUUUAAAAAGCAUUCUCGUUGUCGCACAAAGUUUCUCCCCAGAGAUUAGCAACCACCGCCUACGCAGGAGAGCUAGGUUUCUCAACUGUGCAGCACGAAUGUCACCCAUCGUUGGCUGGCUAGAACUCACUCUUCGUUCAAAUCUCUAGUAUUUUGUAAACUAUGAAUAAGGAUUUUUGCGGUCAUGAUAAUAUCCAGCACGAUUAUCAUUAUUUGAUUGCUAGAUUUCGGACAGAAUGGUGGCCACUUCGGGGGUCUUUGGUUGCAAGCUGCGCUUGUGGUCGAUUACGCUGUUCUGGUCUCAAGUACAAGUGCAAUGUGGACAUUGCAAGGGAAGUAAGUCGGAGGAGGAGACUGAAGUCGUUAGUUCGAAAGUUGCCAAAGCUAAAACGGAAAAGGGUAACCGGAUGUUUUAUUUUGAAGAGGUUUAAAGGUUCCAUUUGGAUUUAGGUUUUGGAUGGCUGUUUACGUUCAAAUUUGGUGUUUUGGUUGGGGUUAGGGUUAGGGCCAUGGUUAAGGUCAGGGUUUUGGUUACGGUUUAGGUUAAGGUUUGGGUUAGGGCGAGGAUUUGAGUCAGAGUUAGAGUUAGGCUUAGGGUUGGAGUUGGUUUAGGGUUAGUGCGAAGUUUAGGCUAAGCGUUAGGUGUAUAAUUACCUUAAGCAUUAGAUCUAAAUUUGCGGUUACGAUCACGUUCACCAUUACAUUUGGUAUACUGCCACCCCGAGUGUCCCGCCGGCCAGGGUUUUGCAGGAAUUCUAGGCUUCCCUCAAUUUCACGCAGAUUUUUCAUACAUCAGGUUGGCUUCUCCGUUUCAGCCUCGGCUGCUGUCUCCACUAACGAUUUCAGCAUCCCGCUAGGGCUUAUUUUACUUUCAAUACCUAGGUUUCACCUAGAGUAGGUAGGCUAACUCAUGAAAUGCCAACGGAAAUUUCGAAAUGCCUUUUCAUUUCGAAAAGAUUAAUUAAGUAGGGUUGUAAAAAUAGUCAGCCCGAAGCAUAUUUUUAUAAUACUUCAGUUACCGCAGGAUACCGGCUUUCGAAUGAACUUAGUUCCGGCUGCAUGUAAAACCUAUCCUCUGCAAAAAAUGAUUAACUAAGUGGCGUGCAUGUUUCUCAUUGAUGUUCGAUGCCCCUAAGAGUCCAAUUAGAAUUUAUGAAAAACAUGCAUUAACAUGUUCAUUCAUUCGCUCAUUUGAUAGAAGAUUGCGUCUUCUUCCAAUUUUGUGCUCGAAAUAAGGUUAUUUGUCAGUUUUUAAAAACUUUCCCAAUUUCCAAAUAAUUUUGAACCUACUCUGCCGCCACACUUGCAGUCAGUAUUUCAAACUACGAGACAUGUAUUUUCCGCGUACGUAAAACCACACAUUUAUCUACUGUAUUAUGAGGAGACCAUAAGGGGUUCGUUAGCAUUGUAUUUGAUCCAUAUUGUUAACUUGCAAAGCCACAUUGGCAAAUGCAGAGGCAUUACGUUUUAUGAACGGCCAUUUCACUGUAUUAAAAAGUCUCACAAUUAGAAACCUUUUAAAACCGGAUUAUACCCUUCUUUCGAGUAAAAAUUUAGAAGAAGACACAAGUUUCUACCAAAUGCUCACAAGAAUAAAUAUUUUUGUUCAUGUUUUCCAUGGAAUAUAAUUGGACUUUUAGGGGGAAUCGAAAACCAAUGAGAAAAAUUCUUACUACAUAACUAGUCAGUUUUCACAGAGUGUAGUUUUGCGUGCAGCCGACAGGAAGUUCGUUCAAAGGCCGGCAUCCAGAAGUGACUAAAUUAUUAUAAAUUAUAUUGCAGGCAAAUUAGUUUUACAACCCUAAGUAAUUAAUCUUUUCGAAACGAAAACGCAUUUCAGUUGACAUUUCAUGAGUUAGCACACCUACUGUAUACUUGGGAUGAGGUCAACGUAACAGGAUGUGAAAUGAACUACAAUCACACACACAGUAGUUUCGAGUCAUCAAAUGUUAGAAGUCAAAGGGCGGUGAGAGUUAGUUUAUUCUGUACUCAGGGGAGGAUGUCGUGAGUUGGCUGUUUGCCUGGCUCCGAGCAAAACGUCCAUUCGAGAGAGCGUCAGUCGCCGUGUGAUGUUCACGCGCGUGUUAUAUGUCCGUGUCGGCUUGAGGGAAUGUGUAGCUGAAUGCUAGAUAUAAUGUUGGUUGUUUUUAGGUCAGAGUCGGGGGAAAUGAUAACAAGGGCUCACGGGUAACAAGCCAGGCAGUCCGACGCUCGGUAGGCGGUGAACGUUUGUGUGUGCAGCCUUGGAUCAUUAUGGCCGCCCCAGCUCAGGCCGGAGGGGUUAGACUGGUUGUGGCAGUCGUCGAUUGACAAAGGGGCCCUGGAGCGGUUGCUAAAUGCCUAGCGUUGCCUAUCCUCUGCGGAUUAGACAUGUGUGGCACGCGUAAAAGGACUGUUGAGCAAUGUCAUUCAUUGCUUCCGAGCUCACCUCUGAUUGUUUUGACCAGAUACAGAGUGAGGUAGGCACUUCAGCAUUAUGUAAAUAUAAAUGACUUUGGGAUUAACCAUGGCACGGUUCAAAUCUCUGGAGAUGAGAAUUUUUAUGCGGUUUUUCUGUAACUUAUAACUGCUUAGGGAUCCAGGCGUCCAGUAAAUGAGGGAUUUUUUCAUAGCUUCCUCUCCUUGUUGUCUUACUUCUUUAAGGACAGAGUCAACCAGCGGGUUCUACUAGGUGGUCUUCUGCGUCUGAUUGGGCAGUGGUUGGAGAUGAGGUUGUGGACUAUCUCUUUAAACUGCCAUCAAAUCUCUUCAGUGUCGUCGGAGAAUGUGGAUGCAAAGUCGCGCCAAAUAUUUGGUCGGGAAUCGAGUGGUUAUGCAGGCAGAGAGAAUAAGGUGUAUUCCCACAUGAGAACCACGUGGUCACUCUGACCUAAUGGGGGUGGGACAAUUCAUAACGCCGAUGUUAUCAGACGACUUAAUGAACACAAAAUCUCCCUUUCAACUUUUCAUUUAUCGGUGCACUUCUAGGACGAUUUGUGACUCCUAGGGAGAUUGAAGGCGUUCGCCUAUAUUUCCCCUAAGAAACUGAACUGAGAUACGUCAUCAAUAUAAUAUAAUUCACAUCGACAGCGGACAUCGUCACUCACGAAGGCCGAGCUGCUGCAAAUGGCCCCUCUCGAUGACAACUCUCGGGCUUUGUGAGAACAAUAGUUAAAACCGAUAAGCGUGUCAUACGUGCAUAAAACAUAUAAUGCUGACUGUCGCAAAGGCUAUUUUGUACUUGCUGGGUUGUUUGUCAUUGCCUAGCAGUUUUCGUUGCACGCUGUUUCAGUUAUCGGAUGAGUACCUCAAAAGUAUAGCGGUCACCCGGGAGGAGAAUAGCGGAUUACAGUCGCAUGUGUGCGAUGAGGAGCAAAAUACACUGGCGAGCGAUAUUCCACCGGAGCAGUCGGGAGGAAAGCAAGUAGUAAGGCAGAUUAUUAAACGUGGCAAAAGGCCUAUCGGACAUAUUGGCAGACAAAGUGGGUACUUGACGACUAUCGAGAACAUGGAGAAAGAAAUAAGGGAGCCAUACUUACAGUUUUCCGAGCCCUGAAGAUCUGGAAACUAAAACACUCAGUCUCGCGCUUAUGCACUGUAUGCCGCAGCUGCAGCAAAUAAAUACGGUUAUUCUGCAAAAAGGCGAACAAGCAAUGUCUGCCGGAUAGCAGACUUUUCCUCAACCGUUUUCACAACUUUGAAGUGACCAUAUUUAAACAAUUCGUCAGUAAAAACUGACGAUGCAAGUUAAUUUAAGAAAGGUCAAAUACACAGUUUAUGAUCUUCGCUUCUGCAACCCAAUAUUAAUGUUGGCAAGAGUGCGUGGGAUUUUGAUACGUCGGAGCGCUGCGGCACAUCAUGAAUAAAAUCCCUUAGUGUGCAUUUCGUGCCAGUCAUCAGGAGGGGUUUACCUGUCAGCUCUCGAUCGAGACUGGGCAGUAGAGAAGUGGACGGUGACAUUUGGUGUCAAGCGCUAAUGGCGUUCGCGGUCUGACGACAGCCAGGUGUCCACCUUAAGUCCCGGGGGGCUUAACUUCAGUAUCAUGCACUUCAACACUAGCCAGCGUCGACAGCGUUUCUCAUUAAGCGUAUCUUGACAAACAAAAACUGAUGCAGCGAAUUCACCCUAUUAAAAGUGUGCAUUUUAAUACAAGAGUUGGGAAUUCUGCAGGCAACUACGUAAAAAUUAAUUGGCCCCUUUAAAUGCUUGUGAUGUAGUUGACGUGUAAAUAAAGGAUUUUAGGAUUACAGCAAGAGUCAGAUUGUCUUCAUCGAAAUUGAUCGGGGUUAACCUUGAAAAGAAUGAUAACGUAAACGUCUGGACAACAACUCAACAACAAAAACGUCCAUGUUACAGUUUUCUCGUAAAAUGUCGGAUGCAACCCCCUUUUCUGAGUGACAGCAUAUUUCUAGCUUUAUAAUAACUUCAUCCUAAAGCAGCAGUUUAUCUCAAGCUCUUUGGGAUCAUGUGUAGCAGUAAUCAUUCUGAAUAUAUUGUAAGUGGGCUUCCUCAUGAAAUGUCAACCGGAAUUCCGAAAUGUGUUUUGGUUUUGAAAUGAUUAAUUAAAAGGGGCUGUAAAACUGUUUAUCAUACAGCAUAAUUCCUAUCGAUUUUCAGUGCCCUUAAAUUUCCUUUAUAUUUCAUUUAAGACAUGCAUACAAAUAUUCCAUCUUUUGCUCAUUCGGUAGAAAAUUACGUCCUCUUCCCAUUUUAUACUUAAACGAAGGGUAAAAUUCGGUUUUAAAAAGAUAAUUGAUUGUGAGAUUUCUUUAAUACUGUGAAAUGGCCGUUGAUAAAACAUCACGUCUCUGCAUUUGCUAAUGUUACCUGCAAUGUUCACAAUAAAGCUCAAAUCCACCAUUAAAUUUUAUGAACCUCACAUGAGCUCCUUAUACUACCGUAGAAAAAUGAAUGGCUUUCUGUACGCUGGAAUUGACGGCUUGUAGUUUGGAAACCCUGAAUACACGUGUAAAAGCAGGUCGGAGUUCAGAGUAUUCUGGGAUUGGAAGAUUUUCGAAAACCGGAUUAUACCAUUCCUUUGAGUAAAAACUUGAAAGAAGACGUAAUUUUUUCCGAAUGAAUAAGAGUUUGAAUAUUUUUAUUCAUGUUUUCGACGAAAUAUGAUUGACGUUUUAAGGGCACCGAACAUCAAAGAGAAAAAUUCAUGCUUCUGUAGUAAUCAUUUUUUGCAGAGUAUUUCGCACGAAAGUCGACAUUCUAAGGUAACUGAAUAAAUAUAGAAUUAUUCUUCACGAUUAUUAAGUUCACGACCCUACUAAAUUAAUCAAUUCAAAGCGAAAACCCCCACCCACUGUACGUGGGGAAGUCUAUGAGGACGCUGAAGGCGUGCCGUGGUCACUGAACGCGGGUCCACGGCAUCGGCCGGGAGUCACUAUUUACCAAUUGCUCAUGCAGCUGAAAGGAUCGGCUACCGUUUAAGCGCACAUAAAACAUUGUUUACAGAGUAUACACUGAGCAGCCGACUACUGUGGAGGGAUCGAAAAAAAGACCAAGAGCGCACGUACGUGGGCAGGUUCUUACCUUGAAGCGAAAAGGUGAUAGAUCAUAUAUCUUCGUACACUGCCUAAGAAGUAAUCACCAGUUUAACGGUGACAAUGUACAAGUACUCCGCCGAGCCGAGAGCAAAAUGACAAGUGUGAGGACGAAACACAAGACCGGCAUAUUUGACGCAAUUUGAUCAACCAUAGAAACGACCUACCAACCCCAAAUGGGGUCAGUAGACACUACUUGCACACGAAAAAAGGACCACUGUGAUGAGGAAGUGAGACAGCUUUAAGCCCUUUAUUUCCCACCUUUUCCUAUCGACAAUAGUGCGCCCAAGCACGAGUGUGAAAAGUCAGAAGAUUAAGUCAUCAUUCCAGGUGAUAGGCCGUGGCAUCUCCUCCCAUAUCGCGUUCAUAAUUCCUCGAAGAUGACAGACACUAAAAGAAGACGCGUCCACGGACCAAGGUUUAUUUCCACUGACGUUUCGGAUACAUUCUCGCCUCCAUCAUCAGCAUGCCACGGUGGUGAUUUCUGCUGGGUUCGACUUUUUCAACCUUACACCUACUUUGUAUUAUGACCAUGCUCAAAGCAUGAACUUUGACUUGCCCGUUUAGCCGGGACCUUUCCUAGAUCGGCUGCAACCCUUUGUCCUUCUAAGGUCGUCCUAGUUAGAGUCUACACAGCUUUAUUGUUGACCUGCAUUCGUCAUCCGACAGACUAAACUGUCACUGCUUCCCAUGCACGAGCUUAAAUUCUGCUGAUAGACAUUACGGAGUCGUCGACAGUUAAGCAAUAGGCGUGCUAACCAGGCCGUCGACGAAAUGGAGAACCCUUCUUUAGCAUGUAAUCUGAAUCUCAUUCCUCACCUGCUUUGCUGAUCUAGGCUUUCAACGUUUCUUCGUUGUCCUCCUCCUACUUCUCUCCUUCCUCCUCCUUCUCCCCAAAGUCGUCAUCAUCGACAUUAUUAACCACUUACUUCCUCAGUCUCGUGUCUUCUCAAUCCGUUAAUUGCAUUCUCAUGAGUCCGUAUGGUGUGGUGCCGGAUCAGAACUCUAUCAUUUACUACUAAAAAGUAUGUCCCGAAUAUGCCCCUUUCCGCUGCCAAUCUCUCCGCUGCCUGGAAAUAUUAACAAUUCAGUAACCACUUCUGACGUUUUGCACAGCUUGUGACCGCUGACAAAAUGGAUGACUGUUCAUUACAGGUGAUUCAUUGAAUGUCAUAUGGGCCAAGAAAUCUUUGGUCUACCUCAAAGAAGACGGCAAGAGCACCCCAUGGAGCGCCGAACAUUCGAGAAAACGCAGAUACCCUCAGCUGGACACCUACCAACUUGCUGACCGUCGCAGUGCCCGCAGCCCAGCAGCCGCAGCAAGCGGCAGUCACCUGGACCAGGAUCUCACCUGCCCCUGGGCAGAGCUGGCCAAGCUCACCCAGCGUCUCCUUGGCGACCACGGCAACGGUGUGCAGACGCUGCCGGAGUUGGUCAACCGUUUCUCCGCUGCCGGUUUUGGCAAACUCAUUGAAGUGAAGGUGGAGAAGUUGGGUCCCUGUGCUCUACCACAGCCCUUUGAAGUCGGUAAGUCAGUCAAGUCCGACGCUCAACAUCCAUGCUCACCCAAUGCCCCUCCCAUCAAGAAAGCAACAAUUUGUUUACUCACAGAGAAAUUGCCACGGAAAGCGCCCGUGACGUGCAUUCUGUCCAACAGUCAGGUCAGCCUUGGCGUGAGGUCCCUGAAUACAAUUUAA